AUGGUCACGGGAAGUCCCUGCACAUUUCCUUGUCUAAAUGGAGGUCACUGUGUGCACCCAGAUUCCUGCAACUGCAGUUUAUAUCAAGCAACAGGAAGUCGAUGCCAAACAGUUACAAACACAGGAUUCGAGAGGGAGAUGACGUGUCGGACAUGGGGACAGUAUAACUACGAGACCUUCGAUGGCCUGUACUACCACUUCCCAGGAAAGUGCAGUUAUACUCUGGUGCGAGACUGCGAUGACUCCUCCCAGUCCAGCGUCGUCAUACAGGUGCAUAACGACCCAGACUGCACCUCUGCACCGUAUUUCUGCGCGCGCUCCGUCAGCCUCUUCCUGCCGUGGGAGGGAGAGGUCCGGUUACAGAAGAGCAACAUUACCUUUAAAGGUCAAAGCCUUCAGCUGCCCCACAAUAUCCACGACGUGGAGAUGGAGAGGAUAGCACAGUAUGUGCUGGUGACCCAGCAGCACGGCUUCACGCUGGCGUGGGAUGGCCACACUUCCUCAGUCUACAUCAAGAUGAGCCCCGAAUACGUGGGCCGCACGUGCGGCCUGUGUGGCAACUUCAACGCCGACAUCCGGGAUGACCUCAGGACCAGCUACGGACUGUACACUCAGGACCUGGCCAUGUUUGGGAACAGCUGGGCAGAGAUGGAACCCCUGCAGGUCUCGUGCCCUGCAGUUCCAUCCCUGUACCCCUCUCCCUGCUCUGGACAGGACUCCCACACCAUGCUGAAAGUGAGAGAGGUGUGUGCAAUGCUGCUGGAUGAACCCUUUAAAGCCUGUCAUGAGUUCGUCAGCCCAUUCUCCUACAUGGCCAGCUGCUCCAAUGACCUCUGCCUAUCAGGUCCAAAUGGUGAAGUGGUGUGCCGGAUGUUGUCAGAGUAUGCCAGAGCAUGUGCGCAUGCGGAACGUUCACUUGACGACUGGAGGGAACACAUACCGCAGUGUGCGAUAGACUGCCCUGCUGACCUGGUGUACAGGGAGUGCAUCACAUGCUGUCCUGUUUCCUGUAAUGUGGACAGAAUGUGCAUCGACAGCAAGCUGCAGUGUCUGGAUGGCUGCUACUGCCCUGAUGAUCUGAUCUAUGAGGAUGGGAGUUGUGUGAAAGCCUCAGACUGUCCCUGUGAAUACCAUGGCAUGGUUUACCCCUCUGGACAGAUGGUUCAGGAGGAGUGCAACAACUGCACAUGUUUGGGUGGUGUUUGGAACUGCACAGAGCACAGCUGUCCAGGAGAGUGUUCUGUCACUGGAGAUAUUCAUUUCCAGACCUUCGAUGGGCGCAUAUACACCUUCCCAGCCACGUGUCAGUACGUCCUGGCAAAAAGCCGCAAUUCAGGGAGGUUCACCAUCACCGUGCAAAAUUCUCCCUGUGGACCGAACCUGGACGGGGCUUGCAUCCAAUCAGUUAGCCUGAUUCUUGACGAGGAUCCAAGGACGGAGAUCACAAUGAGUCACAGUGGCGAGGUCUUCAUAUCCAGCCAGUACAGAAUCUCUCCGCCAUAUUCAGAUGAGAUGUUUCACAUCCAGGAGCUGUCCUCCAUGUUCCUGCAGGUGAGGGCCGUGGCUCAAGGCCUGCGUCUGCAGUACAACAGGCGGGAGUUUCGCCUCUACCUGCAGGUGGACCCUUUGUGGAAGGAUGACACUGUGGGAUUGUGCGGCACGUUCAAUGGAAACAUUCAGGACGACUUCCUCUCCCCCUCAGGGAUGAUAGAGAGCACGCCGCAACUGUUUGGGAACUCCUGGAGGCUCUCCUCGGCCUGCGUCCCCAGCCCCAGCCUGCCGCAGCUCGACCCGUGCGACACACACCAGCAGGCAGCCCCCUACGCGUCUGAAAUGUGUGAUAUCCUAAACCAGGACCUAUUUGCUCCCUGCCACGAGUACCUGAGCCCGGGGCCCUUCUACCGCCAGUGCCGGGGCGACACCUGCAAGUGCGGCCAGCCCUGCCUGUGCUCGGCCCUGGCUCACUACGCCCGGCAGUGCCGCAAGCACGGCGUCAUCGUGGAGUUCAGGGCCCGCGUCUCCGAGUGCGCUCCCCUGUGUCCUGUGACAAUGGAGUAUGGCACCUGUGUGUCGUUCUGCCAGGGGCGCUGCUCUGCCCUGUCCUCCCCACAGCACUGCGACGGGGAGUGUGAGGAGGGCUGCAUCUGCCCCUCUGGAACCUUCUACAACAGCCGCACACACACCUGCGUGCCCAGGAGCCAAUGUCCAUGCAGCUACCUUGGUGCUGAGUACUACCCUGGAGACGUGAUCAUGAGCUCAGCAGGUGUACAGGUUUGCCAAGAUGGUAGAAUAGUAUCUCAAAGUUCCAUUAUUGAUAAGAUGUGCCCACCUGGUCAGCGCUACCUGGAAUGUGAUGACCUCACUGAUGCACCUGUACUGAGGGGCCUGGCGUGUGAACAGACUUGCGAGACGCACCUGCUCAACCUCACCUGCUCUGCUCACGAGCCCUGCAUUCCGGGCUGCGCCUGCCCCCCUGGGUUGUUGAAACAUGGAGAUGAGUGCUUUCAGCCUGAGGCCUGUCCCUGUUUUUGGAAGGGGAAGGAGUACUACCCUGGAGACAAGGUCACCUCUCCAUGUCACCGCUGCGUUUGCCAGCACGGCUCGUUCCAGUGUGUCUUCCAGCCCUGCCCGUCCAUGUGCACCGCUUAUGGGGACCGCCACUACAGGACCUUUGAUGGACUGCUGUUUGACUACAUCGGAGCCUGUAAGGUCUAUUUGGUUAAGAGCAGUGUUGACUUCGCAUUGAGCGUGAUGGCCGAGAACGUGGACUGCUUCGACAGUGGAGUCAUAUGCAGAAAGUCCUUGAUAAUAAACAUCGGAAAGUCUGUCAUCACUUUUGAUGACGACAGUGGGAAACCGAGCCCCUCCAGCUUGAUUGACAGGACUAAGGUGGUGCUGAUAUGGAGGGCCGGGUACUUCACCAUCCUGCACAUCCCUGAGGAGGACAUCAGUAUCCUGUGGGACAGGAAGACCACCAUCCACAUUCAGGCUGGCCCACGCUGGCAGGGCAAGCUGUCGGGUUUGUGUGGGAACUUUGACAUGAAGACGGUGAACGAGAUGAGAUCUCCGGAGAACAUGGACUCCCCCACUUCACAGGAGUUUGGAAACAGCUGGGCUGCAACAGAGUGUGUGAACAGCCCUGACAUCAGGCAUCCCUGCAGUCUGAGUCCCCUCAGAGAGCCCUUUGCCAAGAGGCAGUGUGGGAUCCUGCUGAGCGAGGUCUUCGAGAUCUGCCACCCUGUGGUGGAUGUUACCUGGUUCUACAUGAACUGCCUGAUGGACACGUGCGCGUGUAACCGGGGCGGAGACUGUGAGUGCUUCUGCACCAGCGUGUCGGCCUACGCCCACCGCUGCUGCCAGCAGGGCGUCACCGUCGACUGGCGCUCACCCACCCUGUGCCCUUAUGAUUGUGAAUUCUACAAUAAAGUUCUGGGAAAAGGGCCCUAUAGGUUGGUGACAUACCGAGACAGGGACACAGCGUUGGCAGCCAACACAUCGGGGGGAGUGGUGUUCCCUCUGAGGGGGCCGAGGUCUGCGGCAGGAAUCACCACCCUCUUCAUGAUGACCCCUGGACUGAGCCCAGCGCGACCGCAUGACACCUCUCUGGUGUCCUUCGAAGUGACCGGACGACCAAACUAUUUUAUGCGCGCUCAGCGGGGCGGGCAGCUGGAGGUGGCCAAGUUUGAGGAGAGAAGGCUGUUCCAGGACCAGUCCACCUUCAUCCUGCACCGCGACACCUGGAUCAGCGGCUACGACUCCCUGGAGUCUUUCGCCCGCCGCGGGUUCUUCCUGCACUACACCCGCUCCAGACUGCAGCUCAUGAAGUACAACCACACCGAUGGCUUCCGCCGGGCCACACUCUUCCGGCUCACAGGCUUUGACAUGGACGCCUCUAUGUGGCCUCGAUGCCAGUGGAGGUACGAGUCAUGUGUGAGCCCCUGCUUCAGGACCUGCAGUGACCCCACUGGUCAGCUCUGUGUCACCAUCCCCAAAGUGGAGGGAUGCAUCCCACAGUGCCCAGGACAUAUGGUUCUGGAUGAAGUCACUCAGCGAUGUGUCAAUCUGGAAGACUGCAUUAAGCCUCCAGUUGCUGUUGCCCCGACUCCUCCCCGCGUUACGACCCCGGCACCUGCAGCUGUCACUUCCACAGCGGCUGUCCCGGCUACUGUGGCGGCCUCCACGGCACACUCCGUGCGCCCCACCGCCUCCCAGGAGACCCCUGCUAAAGAAACGCACAGCACCAGCGCUGUGGAGCCUGCCGUAACGCAUACGGAGCCCGCCGCGACUGCCACUUCUCCUACUUUGACCUCCCCGCCCGUGACCGGUUUGGAGCCCGAGAAGGACACUGGCGUCCCCACCCCAGCGCCCCCUUUCACCCCCAGGACGACGCCCAAACCUCCGGCCCCUCACACUGUCCUUGUGGGUAACCAUCACGCCCACCACAGCCUCAGAGACGGCUACCACCAGAACUGCAACCCCUGCUACAACCUCAGAGACAGCUACCACCACCACAACCCCCGCUGCAACCUCAUUGACGGCUACCACUGCUACCACCAGAACUACCAUCUCCAUUACCCCCGCUACAACCUCAGAGACUGCUACCACCACAACAACCCCUGUUACAACCUCAGAGGCUGCUACCACCAGAACUACCACCAGCCUUACCCCCGCAACAAUCUCAGUGACUGCUACCACAAGAGCUACGACCACCAUCACCCCCGCUACAACCUCAGAGACUGCUACCAGAACUCCCACCUCCAUUCCCCCUGCUACAAUCUCAGAGACUACUACUACCAGAACUACCCCCUCCAUUACCCCCGCUACAACCCCAGGGACUGCUUCCACCAGAAGUACAAUGGCCAUUACCUCUGUUGCAACCUCAGAGACUGCUACCACCAGAACUACCACCACUAUUACCCCUGCUGCAAUCUCAGUGACUGUUACCACCCCCGCUACAACCUCAGAGAUUGCUACCACCAGAACUACCACCACUAUUACCCCUGCUACAAUCUCAGAGACUGUUGCCACCCCUGCUACAACUUCAGAGACUGCUACCACCAAAAUUAUCCCCCCCACUACAGCCUCAGAGACGCGUCCUGUUCCUACAAGGAAAACCACAACAACUGGGGUUGUGUCCCCCUCAACAACCACAGUCCGUCCCCGAACAACCAUCACCAUGGCCACCACUGCUUCUACACGUCCACCUGUGGAAGGGACUGCCACAAUAAUGGCAGCGACCCAGCCGAUUUCAACCACCUCCACUACCUGGUCAACUGGAGUGCCCACCACCAAGAGCACCCCAGAAAUGAUCACUGUGCCAGUGACCAAGAAAGUGGAGGUGCCAGAGGCAUCUACAGUAUCGGUGACAACAACACCCACACCUACAUCACGGCACACUGUUUCAACCAGACGACCAACAGCCACCACAACACCAGAGCGGGGCACUCCAAGAGUGACUUCCACCACAAGGUCCCCUCUGAGCACCAGGUCAACUGUUGGGACCACACAGAGCAGAACAACACACGUGCCUUCUCCACCAGCGCCUCUUGUCACUUCUGCCGAGACGACUACCAUCAGUACUUCAACUGCCCGGACCUCUACUACUGGCUCACGUCCACUGAGCCUCGGCCUACUGUCCCGGCACCCGCAUCUCCCACCCCCGUCACGGUCACAGAGACGGCACCUACCCCAACAGUGGCGCUGCCCUCCAACACCACAUCGCCCUACACCCCCGUCACAGAGCACUGGUGGACCACUGCACCAGAGACGGCCACGCCCACGGUUUCACCACACACCACUGAGGUCACCACCACCACUGCUGCCACGCCCUCAUCCGGGAUAUGCACGCCCCUAUAUACAGAGAUCAUUGAUGAGUGCACCAAGUACAUCUGUGUGGGUGGGCAGCUGAUGCUGUUGAACAAGUCAGAGAACUGCCCCUACAACUCCAUCCCCCCAAACUGUGGUCUCCUGGGAUUUGCAGUCCAGCUGAAUGGAGACAAAUGCUGCCCUCAAUGGGACUGUCCCUGCCGCUGCUCCCUGUUCCCGGACUUGAACGUCAUCACGUUCGACGGCAACAGCGUGGCCAUCUUUAAGGCAGCCUCAUACAUCGUGACCAAACUUCCCGACGAGACCGUGAGCAUCCAGGUGCAGGAGUGCCAGACCUCAGACACGCUGCUGUGGAAUUUCACCAACCUGUGUCUGGUAGCUCUUAACAUCACACACAAAUCCCAUCAAAUUCUGAUCAACCGCCUCCAGAGAAGGCUGUAUGUGAACUCCAGGUAUGCCAAGCCCAGAUUCAGGAAGUAUGGCUACGAAGUUCUGGACACCGGAAAUAUGUACCUGAUCCGCACUCCGGCAGGCCUGAAGAUCCAGUGGUUUCACAGCACAGGGAUGAUGGUGAUCGAGGCUGACGGCUACGGCCACAAGCUCUCUACCAUGGGGCUCUGCGGCUGCUGUGACGGUAACCCGGCCAACGACCUGACCCUGUCCAGCGGGCUGACGGUGGGCGAGGGCGAGGACCCGGUGAUCUUCAUCGAUAGCUGGCAGGUGCCCAACACCACCGUGUACGUCAGCCACAGCCGGCGGCGCGAGUUCAACUGCUCCACCACCGACUGCUCCGAGUGCCUGGGCAUGCUCAGCAACCACAGCUUCGGCUCCUGCCGCGCCUACGUUCCUCCCACCAUGUUCUGUGAGGUGUGGGUGCGUGACACGGAGUACGUGCAGAACCCCUGUGUGGCGCUGGCUGCGUACGCGGCCUCCUGUCACAAAUUCAACAUCUGCGUCGAGUGGAGGAGUCCUGAGUACUGCCCCUUCUCCUGCCCAGAUGAGCUGCGGUACCAGGCGUGCCUGCCGGCCUGCACUGCCCAAACCUGCCCCAACCACGAGCUGGACUCGGACCCUGAGGAGUGCUCUGGGCUCACUGAGGGCUGUGUGUGUCCCGAGGGCACGCUCCUCCACCGGCCCUACUCCGCCCUCUGUAUACCUGCCAGCAAGUGCGCCUGCACGGACAGCUUCGGGAACCCCCGCUCCUCAGGUGAAGUAUGGAAGGCGUCUCUGGACGGCUGCUGCAUGUACAAGUGUGACAACGACACCAUCUUUCCGGUGGAGUACAACUGCUCCUCCGUGCCCCAGCCUGUGUGCAGGAGGGCCGGGGAGGUCACCGUCAGCCUGGCCGACGACAAGAGCUGCUGCCCCCGGAAAGCCUGCGUUUGCAAUCAGACUCUGUGCGACAUUUACCCCCCCGUGUGCAAGUACGGAGAGAAGCUGGUGUCCUACUACAGAGAAGACUCCUGCUGCCCUGACUACAUGUGUGAAUGUGACCCAGAGCUCUGUGAGCCUGACAUCACCGUCUGCAGAGAGGACCAGACCCUCAUAUUGACCCGGGCUGAGGGGAGCUGCUGCCUGGCACACAUAUGCAUGUGUGCAGCCUGCACUGAAGUUACGCCUGACUGCCAGGAAGGAGAGGUGCUGACAGUAGAUGCCAACAGCACAGAUCUCUGCUGCCCAAUCUAUCAGUGUGUUUGUGAGCCAUACCGGUGUGCAGACAUCUACUGCCCUGAGGGCAUGUCUCAGGUGUCUGUGGCUGUCCCAGAGCAGUGCUGUCCGCUACGGACAUGUGAGUGCAAGUGUGAAUCUAUCCGAAGGCCAAAAUGUGAUCUGGGCGAGAUCAUGCAGCUUGACAGAGAUUUCCUUGCUGACCCAAAAAACCAGUGUGGCUGCAAAAAAUACAUGUGUGAGCGAGACGCCGUGUGUGUGGACGGUGUGAGGGGAGUGAUGAGGCCAGGGCAGACGCUGGUGGAGCACAGCGCGGAGGGGAUCUGCUACACCACGCAGUGUACAAGCGCCCUGGACCCACACAGCGGAUUCUACCGCAUUCGAACCUCCAGCACCAACUGCUCCGCCCCCUGUCAGCCGAACCAGAUAUACAUUCCGCCAAAUGACCAGACCAUAUGCUGUGGAGUGUGCAGGAACAUCUCCUGCAUGUAUCAGAAUGAUAACGGAUCCGUCUCCCUCAGCAAGCCUGGAAAAACGUGGGUGUCCCAGUGCACCAAGUAUGAGUGUGCGGCCACAGUGUCCGGCCCCACCCUGGUGUCCUAUUCCUUCAGCUGCCCCCCCUUCAACGAGACCGAGUGUAUCAAGUGGGAGAAUGAGGUCAGAGGCUCUGGAUUGUCCCUGUUUCCAUUUCCUGUUAGCCCAAUGACUCCCACAGUUAGCACUAACUGUGAAAGAGGUAAAGAAGAUGGAAAAUCAUGCCAGAAGGUGACAGUCAGAAUGACGAUCAGGAAAAAUGAUUGUCGGAGUAAUAGACCAGUGAACAUUGUGUCCUGCGAUGGGAAGUGUCCAUCAGCCAGCAUAUACAACUACAACAUGAACACGUACGCGCGUUUCUGUAAGUGCUGCCGUGACCUGGGUCUGCAGCGGCGUUCCGUGCAGCUCUACUGCACCGGCAACUCCACCUGGGUCAACUACUCCAUCCAGGAGCCCACUGACUGCUCCUGCCAGUGGGCUUAG